AUGUCCUUGAUUGAAUGCUGCUACACUGCGCCAAGAUUUCGAACCGACUUUGGUGAUGCUGGUCCCGUGAUGCAAACCCGGUUCAAUGAGGUGAUGUGGAUUAGAGGAAGAAUGCGGUUUUGGGGCAAUGUGCUUAUAGGUGGGACUGUGGUUGGCUGUUGGGCUUCGAAAGUCUAUUCCCAACGAGUCGAGGUCAACAUGCCAAGUGUCGGGAAGGUCCAAGAUGUGAAGGCCGCUCGAAGAAUCGAUCUCAAGGUCACAAGCUCGAGAGUAGUGCCUGCUACUCUCGCUACCGAGCGCCUGGUAUACAGCUACCGUGGGCUUCAUGCCCUGAACGGUGAUGUCUCCCUCAUAGACCGGAUGGGUCCGGAGGGGGGACUUGGUGAGGAGAGGAGAUUUUCUUCUCUCCCUUCGCCAAGUGUUCAACACACUCUCAUUUCGCACGCACUCAUUGAUAUCUCUUUCACCCAUCAUCGUUCCUUCAUCCCCUUUAUCACAGCGUUUGGGCGACCUCCUAUAUCAGUUACAUCGACAGCAACACCCCCCAAGUCAUCUUUCAUCAUGGCUAGACAACGACUCUCCCAGAAGUUCUCCAUGAAGAACCUCAAAUCCGUCUUCAAGAAAGACCGGAAUAACAGCGACUCUGAAUCGGACUAUGAAGAAGACCAUCUCGUCCCACGCCUCCGCAGAGCAGCCUCUCGCCUCUCCCUGCGCAGCGAGACCCGCGAGAACACGCGCCGCAACAGCCAGAUCAGCACGAGUGAAGAGCGACAUCGUCUCAGAUCCCGCAAUAGCGUCUGGUCGUUCAGAUUACCACUCGGUAUGGACGUCGCCGUCACGAGGCCAAGCGCAGGUGUGCCUCCCGGUCAGGACAUGGAAUCCUCCGAGGAGACUGGCCCCAGGACUCGCAACCGAGCAAGCACGCUCGCCACCGAUAGCGAGGGCCAUGUUCAGGAGUACCGCGGAGAGUGGUAUACGGCACCUCCACCGAGUGGCGUACAUCCUGCUCUCAGAGACCCGCCGCAGCCUAGGUUCAUGGCGAGGAAUGAUUCUGUUCCUCACGCCCAGGAAGACUACGAGGAGUAUGAUGAGGACCAGCAUGAGGAGCCAGCAGAGGAAGUUGUAAGAUCGCCUUCUCCAACUGGUAGCGCGGGCUCGAAUAACACUAUCCGUCAACGUUCCUCGACGCCAGCGCCGAGGCCACCUACGCCUCCUGUCCAUCGCAGCAGACACGACGACUCUGGGUACUACAGUCGUGGAAGCCGAACUGACCCCAGUACCGAUGGACGUCCGAGUCAAACUAUGUCCAAAUCGGACAGACGCACAAGUCAACUUCCCCUCGACCUGAACAGACGCCGAAGUCAAAACCUCACCAGAAUCCCAACCCGCAGCCCCUCCGCCGCCGAGGGACGCCCAAGUCAACCACCCCUCGACCUGAACAGACACCCAAGUCAGAGCCAUCUCAGAACCCCUACCCGCAACCCCUCCACCGCCGAGCGGUCCCAAUACGACAACUCCUCCAUCAUCGACCUGUACGCAAACCGCAGAAUCUCCUCUUCUACCACCAGGGAGCAGAGCCACGGUAGCAUCUCUCACGCCGACACCGCGCCAGCAGCGACCUCCAAAGCGGCCGGAAAACGCCCUGUAGCGAGGGGGAGUGGCAGUGGCAGCGGUAGUGGCAGUGGCACUCAAGACAGUGGCACUCAAGAUCCCACCGCGACCUCCGCUACCACCUCCCCUCAUCCCGACGCCAUGCCCAACACCGCCACCACGACCACCCCUCCCGCGUCAACAUCCACAUCCCAACCCCCUCCCCAACCCCACCAACAACCCUACGAAGCCCGCGCCCACCCCCUCCGCCGCAUGCGCGCCGUCCAAUUCCGCGAACCACCCGAACGCCCCUCUCGCGAACCCGAACGCCCCUCACACAACACAACCACCGAACUCUCCUCUCACAACAUAACAACAACCUCGACCGAACGCCCCUCUCGCCACACAGCUGAGCAAGCACCUCCACAACCGAUGAAUUUCCCAGCUCCUAUCCCCGCGCACGAUUUCGAUGUGGGAAGGUUUUUGUGGAGGGUUGGGGCGGAGAUGUGUCGGCAGGUGGAGAGGGAGGAGUUGGAGGCUUUGAUUGCUGCUUCGAGGGAGGGGGAGGGGGAGGAUCAGGAUCAGGGGAGGGAUGAGAGGACGAGGAGGGAUGAGAGGAGGGAUGGGUAG